GAUCAGGUAAUCCUAAGGGACCUCCGUCGGAUGUGAAUCGGUAAGUUUGAUUACGAACAAUCCCGUGAGUCCAUGCGCUUGUACACUUCACCGAUGGGUAUUGUCACUAAUCAACACCAAUGCAUGAAAUGAUGGGCCGGAUGGUGCCUGGACCCAAACAUGGAGGAGCGGCCCUGAGUUCAAAGAUUAUAUAAUGGGAGUUAAAAGUCAUAGUAAAUAUGUUUUAUUCCAUAUCAAAUCAACCUCCUCUUCUACUCUUUCCUCAAGCUUCUCAAAACAUUCAAAAACAUCUAUAACUUCACUUAAAAUCCAACUUUCAAAUCCAUCCUCAAAUCAUCUACUUCUUCCCAAAACACAACCAAUAUGCCUACCUUCACCGUUUUCAAGGGCAGAGCUGAUGGUACCCCCAUCAAGAGCACCACCACUAAGCCCGAAGAGCUUAAAGGUGACAGUGUUUUGGUAAAGAUUACCGCUUCCGGUGUUUGCGGAACAGAUCUUCAUUACAAAGGUGCCGACAUGGUCCUUGGCCACGAAGGUGUUGGCAUUGUUGAAUCUGUUGGCCCUGAUGCCAAGUAUCUCAAGAAAGGAGACCGUGUAGGAUGGGGUUACGAGCACGAUUCUUGUGGCCACUGCAACGAGUGUCUUACUGGAAACGAAGUCUUCUGUCCAGAACGUGCUCUUUACGGAUAUGCCAAUCUUGAUCAAGGAUCGUUCGCUUCCCAUGCUAUCUGGCGUGAGGCCUUCCUUUUCCCCACACCAGCCUCCAUUCCUGAUGAAUUUGCCGCUCCUUUACAAUGUGGAGGUGCUACCACAUUUUCUGCCCUCCAGGGUAUCAAGAGCACUGAUGUUGUUGCUGUGAUGGGUGUUGGUGGAUUGGGACAUUUGGCUAUUCAAUUUGCUGCCAAGAUGGGUUGCAGAGUUGUUGUGUUGAGUAGCUCGGACAAGAAGAAGGAUGAAGCCACCAAGCUCGGUGCACACGAAUUUAUCGCUACCAAAGAUGUCAAGGAACUCAAGGUUUCUAGGCCCAUCAACCGUCUCCUCGUUACCACUGCCGCUCAACCAAACUGGGAAUUGAUCCUCCCAAUCAUGGCACCCCGCUCCACCAUCUACCCCUUGACAGUUUCUUUCCAGAACCUCGAGAUCCCAUACAUGCCAUUCCUUGUCGCUGGUAUCAACAUUCAAGGAAACCUUGUUGCAAACAGAAGUGCCCACAGGCAAAUGUUGGACUUCGCUGCAUUCCAUGAAAUUAAACCCAUCGUUCAAACUUUCCCUAUGACGGAGUCAGGUAUCGCGGAGGCAAUGGAUAAAUUGGACAAAGGACAAGUUUACUACAGGGCUGUUCUCUUGGCGCAAAUCAUCGAGAAAGUCCUUCCUGGUGCCUCUCGGUCAUCAACAUCUUCAUCCACUACCCUCCGCAGUCGAUUUACUUAUAAGACUUGGUUACGUUCCAUUCUUUCCUCUUGCUCACCCAAAAGUAAGAAGGCCAAGAAGAGUGUUGAGAAGAAAUGAGCUAGCUUGGAACUUUUCCAAUUCUUUUUUUUUUUUUUCAGGUGAAGAUAUUUUUUAGGACGUGGAAGAAGUACUCUUUGUAAUAGAUACACUCAAUACCCCAGGUUGAAUGUUUUGCUUUGUGGUAGAUAAAUCAUUAGUAUAUAAUUGAAACAUUCUCUUGCACUUCGACUGCUACUUAUUUUAAUAACAACAGAAAGCUCCAUGAAGUGAUUGCCCGAUACUCAUCUCGGGUCAGCGGGGCGUCCUUGAUACUAACCGAAUUUUCGUUUACCCAUGAAUCAACCUUCAAUGGCCUCAUAGACCUCAUCUAUAUUCCUGAUUGAUGAGCAGUCCGUCCCGAAGUUCUAAGACGACCAUUCAAAACAAAAGAAUUUGAGUUAUAGGUGAAUUCUUGCCUUGAAAGAUGCCAUACAUUUAGCUUGAGGAUUUCUAGGAUACAUACAUCCGCCGGUACUUCUCCACUGUAAAUCAAUUAUCUCUCGCUUGAAUAUGAGACAUCUUUCCGUCCUCAAGCCCAACUCCAAGUACCACCAAUCCCAUGGAUAGAGUCGAAGCCCGAAUAACGUGAAAUUCCCCUUCAAGAUUCGAAGGUGAGCAUCGAGCAUUGGAUAUGCAUUGUGAAAACAGUAAAUCAAUUGAUUCAGAUUUGGAGUUCUCAUCCAGUUCGGAGCCCAUGAAGUGAAUAGAUGUGAUCUUAUGAUACUCGCUUCCAGAAUAAUCUCAAUGUUCUGAUAUUCAUGUGCGAAGGCUUUGAAGAAAGAUGUUGAUAUCGCCGCAGGUGUUUCAGUAGAUGCGUGUAGUAUUCAAUGGAAAAGUCGUACUUCUGAUGUAGGAAUCCGGAGACGAUAUUCCAAAUGGCCAGUCCAGUGGUAAGUAUGCGUUUUCACUCAAGACUCAUGGAAGAUUUCUCGCAGUAAAACGCAUCGAUGAAUCAGCACUAUGGAACUCACCACUUCAUCGAUUAACGAGCAAUAACAGCUUGCUGUUAUUGUAAUCACAUUGAAAGUAUCAAGCGGGCAAUUUAUCGACGAUAUUUUGUGAGUGGUGUCCUGACGCCAUUCAAAAGGGAGUUGAUAUUGAAAUAUUUGAGGAAGCCUUCGUUGAGAUCAUGGCAAUUAAUUGUGUAGGAGAACGAAAGGUAUGUCAUACGUUCCGCUCUUUAUGCGUAGUUCUUGAUUGGAGGUACCAGCUCUGCCUCCAUGCGAUCAGAUAUUUGAGGCUUUGAAUCCCAUCAAAUGUCUUCAAAAACAAACAAUUUUAGCACCUCUACGGAGAGUAAAGCAUAAGAGAGAAGCAAGCGAAACAGACAGCAACAUGUUUUAAUAGAAAAUG